GCCAGUUUUAUUUGUUUCUCUAGAGAGAGAAGCUUAGAAAUAGAUAAAGAAUUUGAGGGGCUAGGUGGGCGGGAGGGGGAGAGAGACACACAGAAGGGGAAAUGGGAAGAGCUUUUGUGUAUGUGAUACUUGGUGGAGGCGUCGCCGCCGGUUACGCAGCUCUUGAAUUCACCAAAAAAGGCGUCUCACAUGGGGAACUCUGCAUCAUCUCCGAAGAACCUGUGGCUCCUUAUGAGAGACCUGCACUCAGCAAAGGCUUUCUACUUCCAGAAGCUCCUGCACGCCUCCCUGCAUUUCAUACCUGUGUAGGUGCCAAUGAAGAGAGGUUAACACCAAAGUGGUACAAGGAACAUGGAAUUGAACUGAUUUUGGGUACUCGGGUAAAGUCUGCUGAUGUGAGACGCAAGACACUUCUGACUGCAACAGGAGAAACCAUCAGCUACAAAUUUCUCAUCAUUGCAACAGGUGCCCGGGCUUUGAGGCUUGAAGAGUUUGGUGUAAGUGGAUCAGAUGCUGAAAAUGUAUGUUAUCUCCGUGAUGUGGCUGAUGCAACCAGACUUGUUGAUGUCAUGCAAAAAUCUACUGGCGGAAACGCGGUGGUGAUUGGUGGUGGUUACAUCGGAAUGGAAUGUGCUGCUUCCUUGGUCAUAAACAAGAUAAAUGUCUCAAUGGUGUUCCCUGAGCCACAUUGCAUGGGUCGACUAUUCACCCCCAAGAUUGCAAGUUACUAUGAAGAAUUUUACAAAUCUAAGGGCAUAAAUUUUGUCAAAGGCACAGUUCUUUCGUCAUUUGUUUUCAACGCAGAAGGGAAGGUUACUGGAGUUAAUCUCAAGGAUGGAAGUUAUCUUCCUGCAGAUUUGGUAGUGGUCGGAAUCGGAAUCCGUCCAAAUACAAGCCUCUUUGAAGGUCAACUCACUUUAGAGAAAGGCGGAAUCAAAGUCAACAGCCGAUUACAAACAAGCAACACCUCGGUGUAUGCAGUCGGUGACGUGGCAUCAUUUCCGGUCAAAACUUUCGGUGAAAUCCGACGACUCGAGCAUGUGGACGCUGCCCGGAAAUCUGCCCGACAUGCUGUUUCCGCGAUAAUGGAACCGGAAAAGACGCCAGAAUUCGAUUACUUACCAUUCUUCUAUUCCCGCGUCUUCUCAUUGUCAUGGCAGUUUUACGGGGAUAAUACAGGGGAAGCUGUGUAUUUUGGUGAUUUUUCAGGGACUAGUUUCGGUGCGUAUUGGGUGAAUAAAGGUCAAUUAGUUGGGUCUUUUCUUGAAGGUGGAAGUAAAGAAGAGUAUGAGGCUAUUGCGAAUGUGACUAGGGUUAAACCGGAGAUUGAGGAUUUGAGUGAGCUUGAGAGACAAGGUCUUGGGUUUGCGGUGGCAGUGAGUCAGCAACCGGUGGUGGUGCCGCCUGUGGAUGUGGGUAGGUCGGGUUCGUUGGUGGUUUUGGAGAAAGCGGUGUAUCCGUGGCAUGCAACGGCUGGGGUUGUUGUGGCGGCAUCGAUAGCGGCGUUUGCUUAUUGGUAUGGGAGGAGACGCCGCCGCUGGUGAGGAAUGAGGAAUGUGGUUUGAUUGAUUGUGGCGUUGUUGUGCAAUUUGAUUAGAAGGAAAAAAAACAAGUAUUCAUACACGAAGACUUGAUAAAACUUUAUAGUGUAGUAACUUAUAUUCUUAUUCUAUUUUAUAUACCAUGUGCACAACUGUUUAA